ACAACGGCUCUGUCCAUCUUCAUUAUUUGUUUUCUGUAAAACAUGGAUGUCAAAGCGGUGUCGUUUUUGGUCCUCUUUUCUCUCCUCUUUGUCUCCGCAAUUUCGGCCGACACUUUCUCCGACGAUCAGUUGAUCAAGCAAGUUACGGACGGUUCCGAUGAGCUCUUGGGAGCAGAGCAUCACUUCACGCUCUUCAAGAGAAAAUUCGGGAAAUCUUAUGCUUCUCAGGAGGAACACGAUUACAGGUUCAGCGUGUUUAAGAGAAACUUGAGACGUGCCGCGCGUCACCAGAAGCUCGAUCCGACCGCGACUCACGGGGUGACUCAGUUCUCCGAUUUGACCCCGGCCGAGUUCCGAAGGACUUUUCUCGGUUUGAGGAAGUUGAGGCUGCCUAAGGACGCGAAUCAAGCACCGAUCUUGCCUACUAGUGAUUUGCCUGAGGAUUUUGAUUGGAGAGAAAAAGGAGCUGUGACGCCUGUCAAAAAUCAGGGUUCAUGUGGAUCAUGCUGGAGUUUCAGUACCACCGGAGCUUUGGAAGGUGCUAAUUUCCUUGAAACAGGAAAGCUUGUUAGCCUUAGUGAGCAACAGCUUGUGGAUUGCGAUCAUGAGUGUGAUCCAGAGGAGGAAGGUGCUUGUGACUCUGGAUGCAAUGGUGGGCUCAUGAAUAGUGCCUUUGAAUACACACUCAAAGCUGGUGGACUCAUGCGAGAAGAAGACUAUCCUUACACUGGUACUGACCGUGACACCUGCAAAUUUGAUAAGACUAAGAUUGCUGCCAAAGUGGCCAACUUCAGUGUUGUCUCCCUUGAUGAGGAUCAGAUUGCCGCCAAUCUUGUGAAAAAUGGUCCUCUUGCAGUGGCCAUUAAUGCUGUGUUCAUGCAAACAUACAUUGGAGGUGUUUCGUGCCCGUACAUAUGUUCAAAGCGGUUGGAUCACGGGGUUUUGCUUGUGGGGUACGGUUCAGCUGGCUAUGCUCCAAUCAGGAUGAAGGAGAAGCCAUACUGGAUCAUUAAGAAUUCAUGGGGAGAAAACUGGGGAGAGAAUGGUUUCUACAAAAUCUGCAGGGGUCGCAACAUCUGUGGAGUCGACUCUAUGGUAUCUACUGUUGCUGCUGCUGUUCGUUCUGACUCUGAGUAGGCCAUAAACAUUGCUGAUUUGUAUAUAAGUUGUUUUAGUUUGAUGUUGGAAAAACUUGAUUCAGACUUUUAGCUUGUCAUAUUCCCCAUCAAAGCGUAAGAUUGAAAUUUCUUAUGCGCUUGGGUUGCUCAAACUAUUUAAAGCGUUUUAUUUAUGAUUUGUAUUGCCAUCUUCAUCUGUCUUUAUUGUGAGAAUGCUGUAUUAUAUGGUUCAUAUAAAUCUAUGAAAUACAGGAUGGCAAGUCCCCACUUUGUUUUUAAA